AUGGAAAAAGUGAUUAGCAUGCGAGAAAUAAUAACAAACACCAGAAAAAUAAAAUUGCACGAAAACUUUUUAGAAGACUGCAAUUUAAAAGACAUAUUUUACAGCGGACUUGAAACGGUUAACUGUGGGUACAAUGAUUAUGUAAAUAUCAAAACUUGGCUUUUUGUCAUAGCGGAAAAAUUAUUUUCAGAUGACUAUGAGGAACUGGCAUAUGUAGCGUGCGACGCCUUAAAGGUGUUGCUCUGCAACACUCGCUUCUUAAAUGUAAUUAUGUUUAAAUUGUUAAAAAAAAACCUCGAAAAGGAUAUAUUAAAAAUAAUGGGAAUCUGUUGCUUAACAGUAGCUUCCCGAAUGCAACAGAUAAAUGAAAGUACCUGUUUCAAAGAAAUUUUAGAAAUGUUAGAUUUAAAGGAUAAGAUAAACGAAUUUAAUAUCAGACAAAUCGAAAUAGACGUUUUUGUUUCCUUGGCCCACUCUGGAUUUUGCUUUGAAAAAAUACUGACCCCUGUAAAUGAAAUGUACCAAAUUAUGAGCUUUUUGGAGAGAUACCAGAAUUUAUUUGAAGGUGAUGAUUUUCACUUAUUCCAAAGUUCCAGUAAUUUAAUGCUGCGAAUUAUUUAUUGCAUGGUACCUGUAUUUAAUAUGAACAUCUAUAACUACUCCAUUGUUAAUUAUGUGUUACGGUUAUUCAUAAGAGAUAACGAAAAAUAUAAAUAUGUUUUUGAGAAGUUGAAGGAAAAUUACAGCGAUAAGGAAAUUAUCGAUAUCUCAAAUUUUCAAAAUCAUAUGUUGAAUAUUAUUAACGCGUUUAAGAACACCUCCAUUUUUUCUGCCAAGGAUUCCAUAUUGAGAAAACAGAAUGACAUUGAAUUGUUUGAUAACAUAAAUCGAAGAAUAGAGAACCAGUGGAAUGGGUACAAAGAUGUGGAAAAAACUUGA